GCGUGGGGCAGUCGACGCUAGCUCAGGAAUGCAGGUGGUUCUCUUCUGCUUUGUGGUCCUGUCUGGGGUUUCUGCGCAUAAUCUUUUGUUUUUAGGCUUGAACGAGAAAUGCAAGAAUGGCACAGAACCGUGGACUUGCCAAAAAUCCAGUACCUGCAAGGGAUUGAAAACAGGAAUCGAGAAAGAUGGUGAGGUGAAGCUAUGCGGCUUCGUUGGUCGCGAACCAAUCAUCUGCUGCCCUCCUGAGUCGCAAGCAGAGGUGAAGGAUAAAGUUACUUUACCGUCUGCUCAGCCAGAGGGAGGAAAGAAAGCAGAGCAAAAGUGCCGAGAGUACGCUCAAUACGUGUACAGGGAGAUUGACUCUCCACUUCUUUUACCAAAUUCAAAAAAGAAACAGCUUGACGAAUGUGCAAUAACGGCAGAAACCCUCAUAGUGGGUGGUGCUCCGGCCAAGCUCAACGAGUUCCCUCACAUGGCACUGAUCGGUAUCGAAAAUAAAGGAAGCCCCCUGUGGUUCUGCGGCGGGAGUUUGAUCAGCCCCAACUUCGUCCUCACCGCAGCUCAUUGCAACAUCUCAAACAUCAAUGCUACUGUAAUUGUCAGACUUGGCGAACUCGACAUUCUUCAGAAAAACGACAAAGAUUCUCCAAUCGAUGUUAAAAUCUCCCAAGUCAUCAACCACCCCAUGUACGUACCCUCCAAAGCCUAUCACGAUAUAGCCUUGUUGAGGUUGGAAAAGGAGGUGGAGUUGGGACCCAGUAUCCGACCAUUGUGCCUUCAAACCGAAAGAUCUUUUAAAGAUGUAAAAGCAAUAGCUUCUGGAUGGGGAUAUACAUCAUAUGGUAACAACAGCGUCUCCAGUAGUUUUCUUCAAAAAGUACAUCUAAAUCUCACUGAUGACGAUAAAUGUGUGAGCGCUUACGGCACCCAUUGGCCUAAAGUCUCAAAAGGGAUCAAACCCGACAUAAUGUUUUGCUCUGGAGGAGAACGUGGAAAGGACACGUGUCAGGGUGAUUCCGGAGGACCAUUGCAGGUAACUAGAACUGAUCCUUACUGCAUGUAUUCUCAGAUAGGAAUUACAUCCUUUGGAGUCGGAUGCGGUUUGAUAACUCCUGGUGUAUAUACAAGAGUUUCUGCAUAUGUACCUUGGAUUGAAAAUAUUGUAUGGCCAUAAUAGAGUAUUAACGAUGUUAAUAUAUUUACUAUUAAUUAAUCUUAUUUUAUAAAUAUUAAAUUAAAUAUUUUUCAUUUUUAUUAUACUUACUUAAUAUUUUAAUAAACAAACCCGAAACCCC